AUGAGUAUGUUAAUGUUGAAAACAUCUAAAGAUCGACGUACAAUGCGUUCAAGAGUUUCGCUUCCAUCUAUGUCUGUAAUUAGUUCUGCUGAACCAGAUGUUGUAAGAGUUAAAGUUUAUAAACCGAAUGAUAAUGAAAUAAAUAAUGGUUAUGAACCAGAUACAUCAAAAAAAUUUUGUAUUGAUCCACGUCUUGCAUCUUAUCGAACAAUUCAAUGUUUAAUUGCUCAAGCGUUUGAUAUUAAAACUGAUUUUACUAUAUAUGCGGUCCAUAGAUGUUCAACAACUGGAUUAGAAAAAUUAACAGCUAUUUGGUCCGAUUGUGAUCUUGAAAAAGCAAUAAAAAAUGUUAAAUUUGAUUCUUAUUUAAGAUUAAGUUACGAACUAACUCCACGAGAAGAAGAUCUUGACGAUUGGGAUUUUAUUGCACUUAAUGAUUUUAGUACAAAUAUUCGUUGGUUUAAUGUCGAUAAUCGAUCUAUAAUAGCAACUGUUAAACCAACAACUGGAAAAAAAACUUCUGCUUUAAACAAAGCUAUUAGUCUGUAUACAGUUAUUUUCUGUAAAAAACGUUUGUUCAACUCUAUUGAAUUUAUAGAUUGGAUGUAUGGUGGACAUGAACGACAUAGUUCAAAACCAGUUGAUGAAAAUGAUUUUCGAAAAUUUCUUGAUUCUGAAGGACGUCUUAUAAAUACAAAUGAACUACGACAAGCGAUUUAUGAAGGUGGUGUUGAACCAUCAUUUCGUAAAAUUAUAUGGCGUCAUUUAUUAAAUAUUUUUCCAACAAAUAUGACAAGUUCUGAACGCAUUGAGUAUCUUAAAGAUGUAUCAAUAGAAUAUGAAAAAUUAAAAGGACGAUGGAAAGAAGAACAACAUCAUAAUGAAAAUAUUCGAUUAGUUAUGCGUGCAAUUUAUACAGAUGUUUUACGCACUGAUCGAACAUUUGGCUUUUAUGCUACUUCAGAUGAUACUAAUGUUAAUUUACAAUCUCUGUAUCAUAUUCUUAUAACAUAUUGUAUUAGUCAUCCAAAUAUUACAUAUUGUCAAGGUUCGUAUGAAAUAAUAAUAAUACCCAUUCUCGAAACUUUUAAAAACUAG